AUGGACCUUCCUUCAAGCUUCACGCCCAUUCGUGCUCUUCUAGAUCAGGACGUGACUCCCCACAGACAAGUCAGCGUAAUUGGCGCUGUAAAGGAUCACAGGCUGCCAGUCCCUACCAGAGGCGCUGAUUUCAAGUGCUGCAUAACCUUGUAUGACACAUCUACAGAGGAGGACAACGAUGGCAUCGAUUUCAACAUUUUUCGCCGUGAGGAAGAAAUGCCCAGCGUGCAGGCCGGCGAUAUUGUUGUAGUCUUCUCCGCUAAAUUUCAGAUCUACGGCGGCGGCCCAUCUCUGCUGUCUUCGUACAGCACAGACAUACAUGUAUACGAUUCUCAACGACUUCUCAGCUGCAAAAAGUCAGGGUCGGCCUCCGGCGCACUCAAGGUACCAACGAGAAAGAUCAUCCGUAAGCCAGAUGAAAGGGAGAACAGAUACGUGCUCUCGCUGUUCGACAGAAUAGACAAGAGCUUCGUUCCGGACCCACAAGAAUUCUCUGCCAGGGCCCAGCAGUCCUUGAACGUCAAAGACAAGUUCAGGCUGCUCCAGGACGUCGGAGAUCACAACUUUGCCGACCUCGUCGUCCAGGUGGUCAGGGAGCCCUUUGACUUCGGCGACAGGAUGACUCUGUGGGUGUCCGACUACACCGAGAAUCAUAACUUCUUCAACAGGACCACCAAACAAGGCGCAGGUUGGAACGACGGUGUUCCAUCUGGCGACGGUGAUCCGUACGGCUACACAGACGGAUUUCGCAAAAAGCACGAUGCGGCUUCCAGGGAGAGUAGUGGAAACUGGAUGGGCCCGCCUGGCAAAAAGUCACUUCAGGUCACAUGCUGGGAGCCGCACGCCGAGUACAUUAGGGAGAACGUCCACGGAGGAGACUGGGUGCGCUUGCGCAAUGUGCAGAUCGGUUACGGCCACAAUGCCACCAAUAUCGAGGCCUUCCUAAGGGGAGACCGCCAAUAUCCUGGUAGGGUUUAUGUAGUCCUUUUGGAUCCUCAAGCGGACCGCGAAUCGAUUGACCCUCACUUAUUUGAGGCCCUCCGGAGGAAGCUGGAUUACGAGAAAGAGGAUAGGCGGUCCCUCAAGGCUGGUAAGAAGAGGAAACUUGAGGACCUCAUCAAGGAAGAUAGCUCCAAGGGCAAACGGGCGAGGCAACGUGAAGAAAAAAGGAAAGCAUUUGAGGACCAAGAGGCAAAGCAGAAGGCAGCCCUUGGCUUGAAUCCCCUCAUCAAAAGUGAAUACCCAGACCAAGAAAUCGUCCCUCUCUCCUCUAUCCUCGAACCAGUCUUGUAUCAGACUACGAUCAAUCAAACCCCCACAACCAUCGAACUCCCAUUCACCAAUGCCAGAUACCGCACGAAUGCCCGAGUGAUAGACUUCCACCCCGUCAACCUCAAAGACUUCUCCGUCAGCCGCCAAGUAACAGAGUACCCUGCCCUUUCCGACAACGAAAGCAGCGAUCCCGACUCUGACCGUUCAGCUCCUGGUGGCACCCGCCUUGUCUGGGAGUGGCGCUUCGCACUCAAGCUUGAGUGCAUCGCCGCCGGCCCCCUCCCCAAAGGCAAGAACCCCGCCACUGUCUGGGUUUUAGUCGACCAUUUCGACGCACAAUGCCUCACAGGCCUCGACGAUGCCGCUGAUUUGCAUUCCGCCGCAAACAGCGAGCUGCUGCGUGCCCUUCGGGAGCAGAUGUUCAGGCUGUGGGGGAACCUCGAGGAGCGCAAGAGCAGGGCGGAGGCCAAGAGGAGGCAGCAUACAAGAGACCCCCUCAAGGCGCCACCCGCAGACUCGAGCGAUGUGGAGGACAAUACAGCUGUUGGUGGUAGCAAUGGUGGUGCCGGUGGAGAGGUUGCUGCUGAGUACAUCCCUGGCUCGAGCCAGCUGACCAACAGACCCUUCACGUGCUGCAUCCGGCAGUAUGGAAUCAGCCUGGCCAACGAGGAGGGAGAGAAGCAGUGGCAGAGAAUGUUUGGGCUGUUUGGGACAAAGAUUGCCAACGACUGAUAAUUUACUUCGCCACCGGGGGAGUUGGCUUUUGUGCAUCUC